UUCUCUUUACAGUGCAUUUGUUGAGUCGAUAGCUGUCUGUGGACAGCCAGGAUUUUACAUGCACAUAACGCCGAAAAGGAUAACAGACAAGUGGUGGACUAGUGCCAGUCCACCUCACAAGAUGUUUGUUCACGAAUGGGGCCAUCUCCGUUGGGGCCUCUUUGAUGAAUAUUAUCAAUCAUUCUAUGGACCAGAUUUUGAUGGAAGACCGGCUCGUUGCGUGGAAAAGGUUCAAGCUACAAGAACUUCCUCUGGACACUGGAGAUUCAGCACUAAUGGAGUUUCUGCAUCCAUGAUGUGGAAGCAAUAUUAUAAUGAUGUGGUGGAGUUUUGUGAUGACAGUGACAAUGCAACAGUAAAACACUAUCGUGAUGCCAACAAUGCUCACAAUCGAUUUUGCAAUAUGAAAUCUUCCUGGGAAGUGAUGAGAGAAUCUGAUGACUUUGCAAAGGGUGUCAAUCUACCUCGUGAGAUCUCGUCAGUCGAACCAACAUUCAGGGUUGUUCGCAAGAAGUCCGCUGCUCCUGCAAUUGUUCUUGUGCUUGAUAUCUCCAACAGCAUGUUUUUAAAUGGACGAAUCGAUAGUCUUCGUCAAGCAGCAAACACGUACAUUAAUGAAAUCAAAGAGGGAUCCUUUGUUGGCAUUGUCUUCUUCAACAACAAAGCCAUAAUUAGACGGAAUCUGGUCCAAAUCACUGACCAGAAAUCCAGAAACAAAUUGAUCAAUAGCUUGCCAAGUCAUGAUAACCUCGGUGGACUGACAAGCAUUGGAGCAGCCAUUCUCAAAGCACUAGGAGUUCUUAAACAUGCAAGUACUGCCAAAAAGCAACUAGUGAUUGCUACAGAUGGAACCGAAACAGACGGUCCAUACAUUAAUGACGAAAACGUCCAACAAAGCAUUGAAAAAGCAGGAGUCGUGAUCCACACAAUUGGUAUUGGUGAAUCAGCUGAUGAGAAACUCAGUUCUCUCUCUGACAAAACGGGCGGCAAGGCAUUCUUUCACGACGAAAAGUCAGAUGAGUCAUCAGGACUGCAGGAAGCUGUUGCAACUAUAAUUGAGGUUGAUAGUAAUGAUGAGGAUCCACUGUAUCAACUGAGUCGGCAGAUGGUGACAAUUAAUAGUAAAGCUAUCUACAGUGGAUCAGUUGACUUCGAUGAUGGCAUUGGUCAGGACACUGUAUUCAAUCUCUUUUGGUCAUCGAAAAAGUUUCGUGUCAAGAGGCUGAAGCUGAGUGUCAAAUCAGCAAAUGGGAAAGUGUACAAAUAUAGAAAAACUAGAGGACCGAUCUAUUGUAAUUCAAACUUUAUGAUGUGUACAUUGAAAGUGAGAGGAUGGACUCAGCCUGGAAAAUGGACUAUCACUGUAUCAAACAGAGACAAGAUUCCUAUCUCUAUAUCAUGGGAGGUCUGGUCACGCAAGCCAACAAAUGCGGAAAACGCCAUCAGUCUGAGCACACACCUGACUAGAACUGACGUCUCCUUCCCACAACUUAUUGUCAUCACAGCUUCUCUGAUGAAAGGCACUCGUCCAGUUGUCGAUGCCGUUGUAACAGCAAUCGUCACACGUCCUGGUGCUCCACCCACCCACAUUCAUCUCCAAGACAAUGGAGCUGGAGCUGAUUUGAUGCCAUUUGAUGGGUUAUACUCGGCAACAUUCACACAGUUCACUGUCGACGGCUACUACAGUGUCAGGGUUGUUGCUAACCAGAACAACCAAAACAAGCCAAAUUUCACCCUCAAUGAGGACUUUAACAACAUGAUGGCAGCCAAGCAGGCACGUCUUGGUUUUCGAUAUGUUGCUGAUGACUUGCCACCUGACUACUCCAACAUAAUAAGAGUCCCAGAACCUAAAAGUGGCGAAAAUGGUGAUCUCUUGCCAGCAUUCCAAAGAAUUCAGGUACCAGGAACAUUCAAGGUGAAGAACCUACCUCUGUCUGAAGUAGAUGUUUUUCCACCAUCGCGAAUCGUGGACUUGGUCGGUCAAGUGACACUUAACAAUGAAGUGCAGCUGUCAUGGACAGCACCAGGAGGUGACCUCGACAAUGGUCAAGCUUCUGCUUACAGCAUUCGAGUCAGUGAUAACUUCGAUGACUUGGUGGACAAGUUCAAUCAACAACAUGAACUUAUACCUGUCAGCCUUCUAUCAUCACCCAACUUUAAAAUCAACAAACCCAAAAUGUCUGGCCUUAAAGAAUUAGUCACAUUCUCAAGUCCCGUGAAAGCAAAAAUGGUUUUUGUGGCUGUCAAGACUCGUGACAACAAUCAAUGGUCUGAAAUCUCAAACGUGGUUCAUGUUUCAUUUAAGCGAUUGCCGAAUCAAGUGGCUUGCACAUGCCCAGUCAAGACAAAACUGAAAAGUGCGAUAUGCACACAAGAUUUCGGUGAGUCGUGUUGGCACAUACAAUAAUUACAAAAAUAUUGA